AUGGCUCCCGGUAUUCUAGAGUCUCCAGGAGCUGCGGUCGCAGUCGACAAGCCUGUCUCCUUAGCCCACUUGACUGAGGAGUGGGAUGAUACGAUUCGAUUCUAUCUCAAUGGUACGAAAGUGGCGCUAGACUCAGUCAAUCCCGAGGUCACUCUCUUGGAGUAUCUCAGGGGCAUUGGUCUUACAGGAACAAAGCUGGGAUGUGCAGAAGGCGGCUGUGGUGCUUGCACAGUGGUAGUCUCCCACAUCAAUCCAACUACCAAGAAAAUCUAUCACGCCUCGGUUAACGCCUGUCUGGCUCCCUUGAUAAGUGUGGAUGGAAAGCACGUCAUUACCGUUGAAGGCAUUGGAAAUGUGAAGAAUCCUCAUGCUGUCCAACAACGACUUGCUGUUGGCAACGGUAGUCAAUGUGGCUUUUGCACGCCAGGAAUUGUGAUGAGCCUCUACGCCCUCCUACGCAAUAAUCCUCAACCUUCCGAGCAUAUGGUGGAAGAAGCGUUCGAUGGAAAUCUUUGUCGUUGUACCGGGUAUCGGCCGAUUUUGGAUGCUGCCCAAAGCUUCACAUCUAGCACGAAUGGAUGCGCCAAAUCCAAUGCCAAUGGCGGUAGUGGUUGCUGCAUGGAGAAGCAAGAUGGGACUGGGGGAUGUUGCAAGUCCCUCGAAGAGUUGUCCCUGAAUGGGGACCAUCCGAGGUUCACCCCACCAGAAUUCAUCGACUACCGGCCAGACACAGAGUUGAUUUUCCCUCCUUCUCUACGGAAGCACGAGUUCCGACCCUUGGUGUUUGGAAAUAAGAAAAAGAAGUGGUAUAGGCCUGCUACUCUACAACAGCUCUUGGAGAUCAAGAGUGUGCAACCGGCAGCCAAGAUCAUUGGCGGAAGUACCGAGACUCAGAUUGAAGUCAAAUUCAAGGCCAUGCGUUACAGUGAUUCAGUCUAUGUCGGAGACAUCCCCGAGCUUCGGCAAUACGCGUUUCACGACGACCACUUGGAGAUUGGAGCCAACGUUUCUUUGACCGAUCUAGAGUCAAUAUGUGAUGAAGCUCUCGAACGUUUUGGGCCAUCGCGAGGCCAACCCUUUUCGGCAAUCAAGAAACAACUGCGUUAUUUCGCCGGUAGACAAAUCAGAAACGUGGCAUCCCCGGCCGGCAAUCUGGCCACAGCAUCGCCCAUUUCAGACUUGAAUCCGGUAUUUGUGGCUACUAAUACCGUCCUUGUAGCCAAGACCCUCGCCGAGGACAUUGAGAUCCCCAUGGGUCAAUUCUUCAAAGGCUAUAGGGCCACUGCGCUCCCACCGGACGCAAUCAUCGCCAGCCUGCGUAUUCCGGCAGCUCAAAAGACUGGCGAAUAUAUGCGCGCAUACAAGCAGUCCAAGAGGAAGGACGAUGACAUUGCUAUUGUCAAUGCUGCUUUGCGGGUGUCUCUCUCACCAGCCAAUGAUGUAACGAGCGUGAACCUCGUCUUCGGUGGCAUGGCACCCAUGACAGUGUCCGCACGGAAUGCAGAGUCCUUUUUGAAAGGCAAAAAGUUCACAAACCCUGCAACUCUGGAGGGUACGAUGGCUGCUCUGGAGCAGGAUUUUGACCUGAAAUUCAGUGUACCAGGUGGCAUGGCGACUUACCGAAAGUCUCUUGCCCUAGGGUUCUUCUACAGAUUUUACCACGAUGUAUUGUCAAGCCUCGAAGUCAAGGAAUCUGAUGUUGACCACGACGUUAUUGCCGAGAUUGAGCGUGCAAUUUCUUCGGGAGAAAAGGACAAUGAGGCUUCGGCGGCCUACCAGCAACGUGUGCUAGGCAAGGCUGGUCCCCAUGUGUCAGCUCUUAAGCAGGCUACUGGGGAAGCUCAGUACACAGAUGAUACGCCCGUGUUGCAAAACGAGCUAUUCGGUUGUAUGGUUCUUUCAACUAAGGCUCAUGCAAAAAUCCUCAGCGUUGAUCCAUCUGCUGCCCUGGAUAUUCCCGGUGUCCACGAAUAUGUCGAUCACCGGGACCUCCCUAACCCACAAGCGAAUUGGUGGGGAGCACCUAAAUGCGACGAAGUAUUCUUUGCUGUGGACAAAGUCAAUACCGCUGGUCAACCGAUCGGUAUCAUUCUUGCCGAUUCUGCCAAGAUUGCGGAAGAGGGUGCUCGGGCUGUCAAGGUCGAAUACGAAGAGCUGCCAUCUAUACUCUCCAUGGAGGAAGCAAUUGAAGCUCAGUCCUUCUUCGAACACUACCGUUUCAUAAAGAGCGGUGAUACGGAAGCCGCUUUCAAACAAGCUGAUCGGAUUAUUACGGGAGUCUCCCGGAUGGGUGGUCAAGAGCAUUUCUACUUGGAAACCCAAGCAUGUGUUGUCAUCCCGAAGCCAGAGGAUGGUGAAAUGGAAGUAUGGAGUGGCACACAAAAUCCUACCGAAACCCAAACGUACGUCGCUCAAGUCACCGGCGUAGCCCACAAUAAGAUCGUCUCCCGUGUGAAGCGUCUAGGAGGUGGAUUCGGUGGGAAAGAGACUCGGUCAAUUCAGCUGGCUGGUAUAUGCGCCACUGCUGCUGCCAAGACAAGACGGCCGGUCCGGUGCAUGCUCAAUCGCGACGAAGAUAUCGUGACGUCUGGUCAGCGUCACCCAUUCCUUUGCCACUGGAAAGUGGGUGUCACCAAGGAAGGAAAGCUUAUUGCUCUUGACGCUGAUGUAUACGCCAACGGUGGACACACCCAAGACCUUUCCGGAGCCGUCGUGGAAAGAAGUCUUUCCCACAUUGAUGGAGUAUACAACAUUCCGAAUGUCUUCGUUCGUGGUCGCAUCUGCAAAACAAACACUGUAUCCAACACUGCCUUCCGUGGCUUUGGUGGACCUCAGGGAAUGUUCUUUGCCGAGUCUUUCAUGUCUGAGAUUGCGGAUCACCUUGACAUCCCAGUUGAACAACUCCGCAUGGACAAUAUGUACAAGCCCGGCGACAAGACGCAUUUCAACCAAGAGCUCAAGGACUGGCACGUGCCUUUGAUGUACAAACAGGUCCUGGAAGAGAGCUCGUACAUGGAGCGUCGGAAAGCCGUGGAAGAAUACAACAAGAAGCAUAAGUGGUCCAAGCGGGGAAUGGCUAUCAUUCCGACGAAAUUCGGUAUCUCUUUUACAGCCUUGUUCCUCAACCAAGCUGGUGCUUUGGUGCAUAUUUACCAUGAUGGAAGUGUUCUUGUCGCUCAUGGUGGAGUCGAAAUGGGGCAAGGUCUCCAUACCAAGAUGACGAUGAUUGCUGCCGAAGCGCUAGGCGUUCCCUUAUCAGACGUCUUCAUAUCUGAGACAGCUACCAAUACGGUUGCCAACACGUCGUCGACUGCAGCCUCAGCCAGUUCUGACCUCAAUGGAUACGCGAUCUUCAAUGCCUGCGAGCAAAUCAAUGAGCGUCUUCGGCCGUACCGCGAGAAGAUGCCGGGGGCUAGCAUGAAGGAACUGGCGCACGCAGCCUAUUUUGACCGAGUCAACCUAUCCGCCCAAGGAUACUACCGCACCCCCGACAUCGGUUAUGUCUGGGGUGAGAAUUCAGGCCAGAUGUUCUUCUACUUCACCCAGGGAGUGACGGCUGCUGAAGUCGAGAUUGACACUCUUACUGGCGAUUGGACCCCUCUCCGCGCAGACAUCAAGAUGGACGUUGGUCGUACGAUUAAUCCUUCCAUCGAUUACGGACAGAUAGAAGGUGCUUUUAUCCAGGGACAGGGGUUGUUCACAACUGAGGAGAGCCUCUGGCAUCGUGCGUCGGGACAAAUAUUCACCAAGGGUCCCGGAAACUACAAGAUCCCCGGUUUCCGAGAUAUUCCGCAGGUCUUCAACGUCAGCCUCCUCAAAGAUGUUGAAUGGGAGAAUCUUAGAACCAUCCAGCGCUCUCGAGGCGUGGGCGAGCCGCCACUGUUCAUGGGUAGUGCGGUGUUCUUUGCGAUCCGUGAUGCUCUGAAGGCGGCGCGCAAGGAGUGGAAUGUCAGCGAAGUUCUUAGGCUCCAAAGCCCGGCGACGCCUGAGCGUAUUCGGGUCAGCUGUGCUGAUCCCAUCGUUGAGAGAGCCAGAGUGCAUCCUCAGGAAGGAGAGAAGAGUUUCUUUGUGGAAAUUUAA